UCCAGGAAGGAGGAGCUGUGGCUGAAGACAUUUAAUGGCAGAAUGAAUGGAAAUCCACAGCCCACAGUGCUGUCAGCCUUAGACACUUGCAGCACCUCCCCUGCUUUCUUUCACAUUGAUUAGAAAAACCUCACAACAAAACUCUCAUACAAUAUCUAUCAUUAUAUUUAAUCUUAGUGAAAAAUCAUCUUCAAAAUGACGAGGAUUUUGACAGCUUGCCGAGUGGUGAAGACGCUGAAGGCUGGUUUUGGCUUUACCAAUGUGGCUGCUCACCAACCAUGGAAAUUUUCAAGGCCUGGCAUCCGACUUCUGUCUGUCAAGGCACAGACAGCACACAUUGUCCUGGAAGAUGGAACUAAGAUAAAAGGUUACUCCUUUGGCCAUCCAUCCUCUGUUGCUGGUGAAGUGGUUUUUAAUACUGGCCUGGCAGGGUACCCUGAAGCUAUUACUGACCCUGCCUACAAGGGACAGAUUCUCACAAUGGCCAACCCUAUUAUUGGGAAUGGUGGGGCUCCUGAUACUACAGCACUGGAUGAACUGGGACUCAGCAAAUAUAUGGAGUCUGAUGGAAUCAAGGUUGCAGGUCUGUUGGUGCUGAAUUACAGUAAAGACUACAACCACUGGCUGGCCACCAAGAGUCUAGGACAAUGGCUGCAAGAAGAAAAGGUUCCUGCGAUUUAUGGGGUGGACACAAGAAUGCUGACUAAAAUAAUUCGGGAUAAGGGUACCAUGCUUGGGAAAAUUGAAUUUGAAGGUCAGCCUGUGGAUUUCGUGGAUCCAAAUAAACAGAAUUUGAUUGCUGAGGUUUCAACCAAGGAUGUCAAGGUGUACGGCAAAGGGAACCCUACGAAAGUGGUGGCUGUAGACUGUGGGAUAAAAAACAACGUAAUCCGCCUCCUGGUAAAGAGAGGAGCUGAAGUGCAUUUAGUCCCCUGGAAUCACGAUUUCACCAAGAUGGAGUAUGAUGGGCUUGUGAUCGCUGGAGGACCCGGGAAUCCAGCUCUUGCACAGCCACUAAUUCAGAAUGUCAAAAAGAUUUUGGAGAGUGAUCGCAAGGAGCCAUUGUUUGGAAUCAGUACAGGAAAUUUAGUAACAGGAUUAGCUGCUGGUGCCAAAUCCUACAAGAUGCCCAUGGCCAACAGAGGCCAGAACCAGCCUGUUUUGAAUAUCACAAAUAGACAGGCCUUCAUUACUUCUCAGAAUCAUGGCUAUGCUCUGGACAGUGCCCUCCCUGCUGGCUGGAAACCACUUUUCAUGAAUGUCAAUGAUCAAACCAAUGAGGGGAUUAUGCAUGAGAGCAAACCCUUCUUUGCUGUGCAGUUCCACCCAGAGGUCAGCCCAGGGCCGACGGACACUGAGUACCUGUUUGAUUCCUUUUUCUCGCUGAUAAAGAAGGGAAAAGGUACCACCAUUACAUCGGUUCUACCAAAGCCAGCCCUCGUUGCAUCUCGAGUUGAGGUUUCUAAAGUCCUUAUUCUCGGAUCAGGAGGUCUGUCCAUUGGUCAGGCAGGUGAAUUUGAUUACUCCGGAUCUCAAGCUGUAAAAGCCAUGAAGGAAGAAAAUGUGAAAACUGUCCUGAUGAACCCAAACAUUGCCUCAGUCCAGACCAAUGAGGUGGGCUUAAAGCAGGCAGACACUGUCUACUUUCUUCCCAUCACCCCCCAGUUCGUCACAGAGGUUAUCAAGGCAGAACGGCCAGAUGGGUUAAUUCUAGGCAUGGGGGGCCAGACAGCUCUGAACUGCGGAGUGGAACUGUUCAAGAGAGGUGUGCUCAAGGAGUAUGGGGUGAAAGUCCUGGGAACUUCAGUUGAAUCCAUUAUGGCCACAGAAGAUAGGCAGCUGUUCUCAGACAAACUAAAUGAGAUUAAUGAAAAGAUUGCUCCAAGUUUUGCAGUGGAAACGAUGGAGGAUGCAUUGAAGGCGGCAGACACCAUUGGGUACCCAGUGAUGAUCCGUUCUGCCUAUGCCCUGGGCGGGUUAGGCUCAGGCAUCUGUCCCAACAGGGAGACCUUAAUAGACCUUGGCACAAAGGCCUUUGCUAUGACCAACCAGAUUCUGGUGGAGAAAUCAGUGACAGGUUGGAAAGAAAUAGAAUAUGAAGUAGUCCGAGAUGCUGAUGACAACUGUGUCACCGUCUGCAACAUGGAAAAUGUUGAUGCCAUGGGCGUUCACACAGGUGAUUCAGUUGUUGUGGCCCCUGCCCAGACACUUUCCAAUGCGGAGUUCCAGAUGUUGAGACGUACUUCCAUCAAUGUGGUCCGCCACUUGGGCAUUGUGGGUGAAUGCAACAUCCAGUUUGCCCUUCACCCUACCUCAAUGGAAUACUGCAUCAUUGAAGUGAAUGCGAGGCUUUCCCGAAGCUCUGCCCUAGCUUCCAAGGCCACGGGCUACCCAUUGGCAUUCAUUGCUGCAAAGAUUGCCUUAGGAAUCCCACUUCCGGAAAUCAAGAAUGUUGUAUCAGGGAAGACAUCAGCCUGCUUUGAACCCAGCCUGGAUUACAUGGUUACCAAGAUUCCCCGCUGGGAUCUUGACCGUUUUCAUGGAACAUCCAGUCGAAUUGGUAGCUCUAUGAAAAGUGUAGGAGAGGUCAUGGCUAUUGGUCGCACCUUUGAGGAGAGUUUCCAGAAAGCUUUAAGGAUGUGCCACCCAUCCAUAGAUGGUUUCACUGCCCGUCUCCCAAUGAACAAAGACUGGCCAUCUAACCUCGACCUCAGAAGGGAGCUGGCUGACCCAUCCAGCACCCGCAUCUAUGCCAUUGCCAAGGCUUUGGAAGACAACAUGUCCCUUGAAGAGAUUGAGAAGCUGACGUACAUUGACAGGUGGUUUUUGUUUAAGAUGCGUGACAUUUUAAACAUGGAGAAAACACUGAAAGAGCUCAACAGUGAGUCCAUUCCAGAAGAAACCCUCAAAAGGGCAAAGGAGAUCGGGUUCUCAGACAAGCAGAUUUCAAAAUGCCUAGGGCUCACUGAAGCCCAGACCAGGGAGCUAAGAUUAAAGAAAAACAUCCACCCUUGGGUGAAACAGAUUGACACACUGGCUGCAGAAUACCCCUCAGUAACAAACUACCUCUAUGUUACCUACAAUGGUCAGGAGCAUGAUAUCAAUUUUGAUGACCACGGAAUGAUGGUGCUGGGCUGUGGCCCAUAUCACAUUGGCAGCAGUGUGGAAUUUGAUUGGUGUGCUGUCUCCAGUAUCCGCACACUGCGUCAACUUGGCAAGAAGACAGUGGUGGUGAAUUGCAACCCUGAGACUGUGAGCACAGACUUUGACGAGUGUGACAAACUGUACUUUGAAGAGUUGUCUUUGGAGAGAAUACUAGACAUCUACCAUCAGGAGGCGUGUGCCGGCUGCAUCAUAUCUGUUGGGGGCCAGAUUCCAAACAACUUGGCCGUCCCUCUGUAUAAGAAUGGCGUAAAGAUCAUGGGCACGAGCCCUCUGCAGAUUGACAGGGCUGAGGAUCGAUCCAUCUUCUCAGCAGUCCUGGAUGAGCUGAAGGUGGCUCAGGCACCGUGGAAAGCUGUUAAUACUUUGAAUGAAGCACUGGAAUUUGCAAAAUCUGUGGGCUACCCCUGCUUGUUGAGACCUUCCUAUGUUUUGAGUGGGUCUGCCAUGAACGUGGUAUUCUCUGAGGAUGAAAUGAAAAAAUUCCUAGAGGAGGCCACGAGAGUCUCUCAGGAGCACCCAGUGGUGCUGACGAAAUUUAUCGAGGGAGCCCGGGAAGUAGAAAUGGAUGCCGUCGGCAAAGAAGGAAGGGUAAGUGCUUUAUCCCUCUCUCUCUUAUUCCUGCCUCCCCAUCAGUUUUCUUUUCUUGUGAAGGACGCUACCAGAAAGAUUGCAAAGGCUUUUGCCAUCUCGGGCCCAUUCAACGUCCAGUUUCUUGUCAAAGGAAACGAUGUCUUGGUGAUUGAAUGUAACCUGAGAGCUUCUCGAUCCUUCCCGUUCGUCUCCAAGACUCUCGGGGUAGACUUCAUUGAUGUGGCCACCAAGGUGAUGAUUGGAGAGAACAUUGACGAGAAACCUCUUCCAACUCUGGAGCACCCCAUAAUUCCUGCUGAAUAUGUUGCAAUUAAGGCUCCCAUGUUUUCCUGGCCCCGGCUGAGGGACGCUGACCCUAUUCUGAGGUGUGAGAUGGCUUCCACUGGAGAGGUGGCUUGCUUUGGAGAAGGUAUUCAUACAGCCUUCCUGAAGGCAAUGCUUUCCACAGGAUUUAAGAUACCCCAGAAAGGCAUCCUGAUUGGAAUUCAGCAAUCAUUCCGUCCCAGAUUCCUUGGUGUGGCUGAACAAUUACACAAUGAAGGUUUCAAGCUCUUUGCCACAGAAGCCACAUCAGACUGGCUCAAUGCCAACAAUGUCCCCGCCACCCCAGUGGCGUGGCCAUCUCAGGAAGGGCAGAAUCCCAGCCUUUCUUCUAUCAGAAAGUUGAUUAGAGAUGGCAGCAUUGACCUGGUGAUCAACCUCCCCAAUAACAACACGAAGUUUGUCCAUGACAAUUACGUGAUUCGGAGGACAGCGGUCGACAGCGGAAUCCCCCUCCUCACUAAUUUUCAGGUGACCAGACUUUUUGCUGAAGCUGUACAGAAAUCUCGCACAGUGGACUCCAAGAGUCUUUUCCACUACAGGCAAUACAGCUCUGGAAAGGCCGCAUAGAAGAGCAGCCCCCCAGCCUGGUUCUUAGUAAAUCUGAGCCGCAUUUCUCUGAAGGAACCAAUUAGCAACAUUGUUUCCCAGGGAUGCCUAUUGACAUCAAACUUCAUUUCCUUUUGUUAUUACGCUUUCCUAUUCUGUAUCCUUCACAAUUAAACUGUCAGUCACUUCUUCAAAAACCUUCCUCAGAGUCCUUUCUAAGUUACUGACUCUUCAUGAGAUUUUGCCGAUUUGCUAAUACUUUAUUUUUGGUGGACUAGGCUUACUUACGUGCAUAUUUGUGCUGAUUGAUGAUGAUCAAGGUAGAAAAAGUUGCUGUUCUGUCUUCUGAAAUCUCUCUAUAGUUUAAAGACAGUACUGUUCUUGUGUUUUUAUCUAGUAUCUGUCACACUCAGGACACUUUAAACUGGGCAGGAUAUUAUAAAAAUUGAACUGAAUGAAAUAACAGAUUUAAUUUAUGAACCUCUCCAUCAUGAUGCUUCUGUCUGGCUUCCUUCUGAUGAUCAUUCUCACCUAUCUGGCUGAUCCAGUAAUACUAUUAUCCCUUCCUAUGACACUGAGGUUGAGAAAUGUGAGGGAGGUCAUUAGAGGAUGGAUCUCUUUAAAGAAUACUGGUUUGCAGUUUUGCUUUGGACUGUAUCAGCAGAUGAUGGACAAUGCUGAGGAGUGUGAUUCUUGUUCUUUUCAUCGAAUUUAAUGGGGUCCAAGUGAAAUCUUUAGAUUUGUGCCAUUCCUCCCCCCCCAUUUUGGAGUACCUUGAAAGUCACAUUCAUCCCCUCAGAUAACGGAUGCUGUUGCUGUGCUGGGUCCCACGCUGUACUAUGAAUUCCACUCCUUGUAAGCACCAGGGCCCCAUUCCUUCUACAUAACAAGAAAAGCCCUUCCUGCUGGGCAGCCCUUUUCACUUUUAAAUGUUUUGUGUUAUUACAAGUGCUCUAAUUGUGGACUUUUAAAUAAAAUACUAUCGAGGUCA